UAUAAAAACCAGGCAAAGCUGGCUGCUCUGGCCACAGCCUGCCUACUGUCGCACGCCUCUCCGGCGCAGACACACAUCCCAGCCUCUGGUGGGCACAAAGACAGUGGCUGGGGAGAGGCUAGGGACUGCGCCCGCCCGUGGGAACUUGCCACGGUCUCAGCCCAGGUACUUCUUCAGGGAGCCUGUGAGCCCAGCGACCUAGAUUUCUCCGACCUGGAAAAGAUCGUUCUUCCAAGAAGACUGGGGCAUCCAACUGUAUUCUGUUAAGUACAUCUAAAUAUCAAAUCUAUUGGAAGUUAAGAAUCCUAUAGAUCUAAGGACACUUAGCCAAUCCAAACUCCAUCAUGGGGGCCAUGACCUGGCUAUUGCCAGGCGUCUUUCUAGCUUCACUUGCCCUCACUUCUGAAGGUGGGGUCCUCAAGAAAGUCAUCCGGCACAAGCGACAGAGUGGAGUGAACAUGACCCUGCCAGAGGAGAACCAGCCCGUGGUGUUCAACCACGUCUACAACAUCAAGUUGCCCGUGGGCUCUCAGUGUUCAGUGGAUCUGGAGUCACCGAAUGGGGAGAAAGACCUGACCCCCAUGCCAGAGUCCAGUGGAAGCUUCCAGGAACACACAGUGGAUGGAGAAAAUCAGAUUGUGUUCACACACCGCAUCAACAUCCCCCGCCAGGCCUGUGGCUGUGCCGCAGCUCCUGAUGUGAAGGAACUCCUGAGCAGGCUGGAGGAGCUAGAGAUGCUGGUAUCGUCUCUAAGGGAGCAGUGCACCAUGGGUACUGGCUGUUGUCUCCAACCUGCAGAAGGCCGUCUGGACACCAGGCCCUUUUGCAGUGGCCGAGGCAACUUCAGUGCUGAAGGAUGUGGCUGCGUUUGUGAACCAGGCUGGAAAGGCCCCAACUGCUCUGAGCCCGAAUGUCCUGGAAACUGUACCCUCCGAGGCCAGUGCCUCGAUGGACAGUGUGUCUGUGACGAGGGCUUCACUGGUGAAGACUGCAGCCAGCUGGCCUGCCCCAAUGACUGCAAUGACCAGGGCAGGUGUGUGAAUGGAGUCUGUGUGUGCUUUGAAGGCUAUGCCGGGGUGGACUGUGGCCUGGAAGUCUGCCCAGUGCCCUGCAGUGAGGAGCACGGGAUGUGUGUGGAUGGUAGGUGUGUGUGCAAAGAUGGCUUUGCUGGUGAUGACUGCAACGAGCCCCUGUGCCUCAACAACUGCUACAACCGUGGACGGUGCGUGGAGAACGAGUGCGUGUGUGACGAGGGCUUCACGGGUGAAGACUGCAGUGAGCUCAUCUGCCCCAAUGACUGCUUCGACCGCGGCCGCUGUGUCAAUGGCACCUGCUACUGUGAGGAAGGCUUCACGGGCGAAGACUGUGGUGAGCUCACCUGCCCCAACAACUGCCAGGGCCGUGGCCAGUGCGAGGAGGGACAGUGUGUUUGCGACGAGGGCUUUGCUGGUGCGGACUGCAGUGAGAAGCGGUGUCCCGCCGAUUGUCACCACCGUGGCCGCUGCUUCAAUGGGCGGUGCGAAUGUGAUGAUGGGUUCACGGGGGCUGACUGCGGGGAUCUGCAGUGUCCCAAUGGCUGCAGUGGGCAUGGCCGCUGUGUCAAUGGGCAGUGUGUGUGUGACGAGGGAUACACUGGCGAAGACUGCAGCCAGCAGCGGUGCCCCAAUGACUGCCACAACCGGGGACGCUGUGUACAGGGCAAGUGCAUCUGUGAACAAGGCUUCAAGGGUUUUGACUGCAGUGAGAUGAGUUGCCCCAACGACUGCCAUGGCCAUGGCCGCUGUGUGAAUGGCAUGUGCGUCUGUGACGGUGACUACACUGGGGAAGAUUGCAGAGACCGGCGCUGUCCCCGGGACUGCAGCCAGCGGGGCCGCUGUGUGAAUGGACAAUGCAUAUGUGAGGAUGGCUUCACUGGCCCUGACUGUGCUGAGCUCUCCUGCCCCAACGACUGCCAUGGCCAUGGCCGCUGCGUGAAUGGCCAGUGCAUCUGCCAUGAGGGCUUCACUGGCAAAGACUGCAAAGAGCGGAGGUGCCCCAGCGACUGCCACGGCCAAGGCCGCUGUGAGGACGGCCAGUGCUUCUGCCAUGAAGGCUUCACAGGACUGGACUGUGGGCAGCGCUCCUGCCCAGGUGACUGUAACAACCAGGGACAAUGUGUUUCAGGCCGCUGUAUCUGCAAUGAAGGGUACACAGGGGAAGACUGCUCUGAAGUAUCCCCUCCCAAAGACCUCAUUGUGACAGAAGUAACAGAAGAGACUGUAAACCUGGCAUGGGACAAUGAGAUGCGGGUCACCGAGUACCUGAUUAUGUAUACACCCACCCAUGCUGAUGGUCUGGAGAUGCAAUUCCGUGUGCCUGGGGACCAGACUUCCACCACCAUCAGGGAGCUUGAGCCAGGAGUGGAAUAUUUCAUCCGUGUGUUCGCCAUCUUGGAGAACAAGAGGAGCAUCCCUGUCAGUGCCAGGGUUGCCACCUACUUGCCUGCACCCGAAGGACUAAGAUUCAAGUCUAUCAAGGAGACAUCUGUGGAAGUGGAGUGGGAUCCUCUAGACAUUGCUUUCGAAACAUGGGAGAUCAUCUUCCGGAAUAUGAAUAAAGAAGAUGAGGGGGAAAUUACCAAAAGCUUGAGGCGACCAGAGACCUCUUACCGACAAACUGGCCUUGCUCCUGGGCAAGAAUACGAAAUAUCUCUGCACAUUGUGAAAAACAACACCCGAGGCCCUGGCUUGAAGAAAGUGACCACAACCCGCCUGGAUGCCCCCAGUCAGAUCGAGGUGAGAGACGUCACAGACACCACAGCCCUGGUCACCUGGUUCAAGCCUCUGGCUGAGAUUGAUGGCAUCGAGCUCUCCUAUGGCAUCAAGGACGUGCCUGGAGACCGCACCACCAUCGACCUCACACAUGAAGAAAACCAGUAUUCUAUUGGGAACCUGCGGCCUGACACCGAGUAUGAGGUGUCCCUUGUCUCCCGCAGGGUGGACAUGGCAAGCAACCCUGCCAAGGAGACCUUCACCACAGGCCUGGAUGCACCCAAGAACCUUCGCCGUGUCUCCCAGACAGACAACAGCAUCACCUUGGAGUGGAGGAACGUCAAGGCUGACAUCAAUAGUUACAGAAUUAAAUACGCACCUAUCUCAGGAGGUGACCAUGCUGAGGUUGAUGUUCCCAAGAGCCAGCAGGCCACAACCAAAACCACACUCACAGGUCUGAGGCCAGGAACUGAAUAUGGCAUUGGCGUUUCUGCUGUGAAGGGAGACAAGGAGAGUGACCCAGCAACCAUCAAUGCAGCCACAGAAAUUGAUGCACCCGAGGACUUGCAGGUGUCUGAAACCUCACAGGACAGUCUGACUCUAUUCUGGAAGACACCACUGGCUAAGUUUGACAGAUACCGCCUCAACUACAGCCUCCCCACAGGCCAGUCAAAAGAGGUCCAAUUGCCAAAGGAUGCCACCUCCCAUGUCCUGAGAGAUCUGGAGCCAGGGCAAGAAUACUCUGUCCUUCUCACUGCCGAGAAGGGCAGACACAAGAGCAAGCCUGCAUAUGUGAAGGCAUCCACUGAACGAACACCUUCCCUGCAAAAUCUUACCGUGACUGAGACCGGCUGGGAUGCCCUCAGACUCAACUGGACAACAGAUGACCUGGCCUAUGAGUACUUUGUUAUUCAGGUGCAGGAAGCCAACAAGGUGGAGGCUACUCACAACUUCACAGUGCUUGGCAACCUCCGGGCUGCAGACAUCCCGGGUCUCAAGUCUGCCACUCCUUAUAGAGUCUCCAUCUAUGGGGUAGCCCGGGGCUCUAAAACACCAGUGCUCUCUGCUGAGGCCUCCACAGGGAGAACUCCCAAUCUGGGAGAGGUCUCAGUCUCGGAGGUGGGCUGGGAUGCCCUCAGGCUCAACUGGACAGCCCCAGAAGGGGCCUAUCAGAACUUUUUCAUUCAGGUGCUAGAGGCUGACAUGGUCCAGAGUGUCCAGAACCUUACAGUCCCUGGAGGACUGAGGUCAGUGGACCUGCCUGGGCUCAAAGCAGCCACUCGCUACCGGAUCAGCAUCCAAGGGCUCACUCAGGACUCCAGCACAGACCCUCUCUCUCUUGAAGUCUUGACAGAUUCUGGUCUGGGCAACCUCACAGUGAGGCUUAGCUGGGAUGUCCUCAGACUGGACUGGAUCACACUAGACAGGACUUAUGUCCAGUAGUUUAUCACCUGGGUCAAGGAAGUUGACCAGGCAGAAGGAGAUCAUCAUCUCACCAUUUCUGGUAUCCUAUACACUACAGAAAUCCCCAGGGCUGAUAUUCCCUUCACAGUAACACUGUCUGGCGAAAUGAUGGACCUCCAUACUAAACCACUUGUUGUAGAGGUCAUCACAGAGGAGCUCCCUCAGCUGGGAGGCUUAUCCGUGACCGAGGUCAGCUGGGAUGGCCUCACACUCAACUGGACCACAGAUGACCUGGCCUAUAAGCACUUUGUUGUUCAGGUGCAGGAGGCCAACAAUGUGGAGGCUACUCAGAAUCUCACAGUACCCGGUAGCCUCCGGGCUGUGGAAAUCCCAGGCCUCAAGGCUGACACUCCUUAUAGAGUCUCCAUCUAUGGGGUGCUCCAGAGCUAUAAAACACCAGUGCUCUCUGCUGAGACUUCCACAGCCAAAGAACCUCAAAUUGGAAACUUAAAUGUUUCUGGCGUAACUCAUGAGAGCUUCGAUCUCUCCUGGACAGCGACCGACGGGAUCUUCGACAUGUUUGCUAUUGAAAUUAUUGAUUCCAAUAGGUUGCAGCAAGCGACAGAACGUAAUAUAUCUGGUGCUGACCGAUCUGCCCACAUCUCAGGGCUCCCCCCUAGUACUGAUUUCAUUGUCUACCUCUCUGGAAUUGCUCCCAGCAUUCGGACCCAAACCAUCAGUACCACAGCCACCACAGAGGCCUUGCCCCUUCUGGAAAACUUAACCAUUUCCGACACUAAUCCCUACGGGUUCACAGUUUCCUGGACGGCAUCGGAGAAUGCCUUUGACAGCUUUGUAGUAACGGUGGUGGAUUCUGGGAAGCUGCUGGACCCCCAGGAAUUUACACUUUCAGGAACCCAGAGGAAGCUGGAGCUUAGAGGCCUCAUAACUGGUAUUGGCUAUGAGGUCCUGGUCUCUGGCUUCACGCAAGGGCACCAAACCAAGCCCUUGAGGGCUGAGGCUGUUACAGAAGCUGAACUGGAAGUUGACAACCUUCUAGUUUCAGAUGCCACUCCAGGUGGUUUCCGUCUGUCCUGGACUGCUGAUGAAGGGAUAUUCGACAGUUUUGUUCUCAGGAUCAGAGAUACCAAAAGGCAAUCCGCACCACAAGAAAUAACCCUCCCUUCCCCCGAACGUACCAGGGACAUAACAGGUCUCAGAGAGGCCACUGAGUACGAAGUUGAACUCUAUGGAAUAAGCGGUGGAAGGCGAUCCCAGCCAGUCAGUACCAUAGCAACAACAGCCAUGGGUUCUCCGAAGGAAAUCACGUUCUCAGACAUCACUGACAACACAGCCACCGUCAGCUGGAAGGCACCCACUGCCCCAGUGGAGAGCUUCCGGAUUACCUACGUGCCUAUGACAGGAGGUGCCCCCUCCGUGGUGUUGGUGGAUGGAACUGAUACUGAGACACGUUUGGUGAAGCUCACCCCUGGAGUGGAAUACCAUGUCAGCAUUAUUGCCAUAAAGGGCUUUGAAGAAAGUGAUCCUGUCUCAGGGUCACUAACCACAGCUCUGGAUGGUCCAUCUGGCCUGCAGACAGCAAACAUCACAGACUCAGAAGCCUUGGCCAUGUGGCAGCCAGCCAUCGCCACCGUGGACAGUUAUGUCAUCUCCUACACAGGAGAGAGAGUGCCAGAAGUUACACGCACAGUGUCUGGGAACACGGUGGAGUAUGAGCUACAGGACCUGGAGCCUGCCACAGAGUACACACUGAGGAUCUUUGCAGAAAAAGGCCACCAGAAGAGCUCUGCCGUCACUACCAAGUUCACCACAGACCUCGAUUCCCCAAGAGACUUGACUGCUAGCGAGGUUCAAUCGGAAACUGCCCUCCUCACCUGGAGACCUCCCCGGGCAUCAAUCACUGGUUACCUCCUGGUCUAUGAAUCUCUAGACGGCACAGUCAAGGAAGUCAUUGUGGGACCAGAUACCACCUCCUACAGCCUGGCAGACCUGAGUCCCUCCACCCACUACACAGUGAGGAUCCAAGCAUUGAGUGGAUCCCUAAGGAGCAAGCUGAUCCAAACCAUCUUUACCACAAUUGGACUCCUGUACCCAUUCCCCAGGGACUGCUCUCAAGCAAUGUUGAAUGGCGACACCACCUCUGGUCUCCACACCAUCUAUAUAAAUGGUGAUAAGACUCAAGCACUGGAUGUCUACUGUGAUAUGGCCUCGGACGGAGGUGGAUGGACUGUUUUCCUGAGACGCAAAAAUGGACAUGAGGACUUCUAUCGAAACUGGAAGGCUUAUGCUGCUGGGUUUGGAGACCGCAGAGAAGAAUUCUGGCUUGGACUGGAUAACCUGAGCAAAAUCACAGCCCAAGGGCAGUACGAGCUCCGAGUGGACCUACAAGACCAUGGGGAGUCAGCCUUUGCAGUGUAUGACAGAUUCAGUGUGGGAGAUGCCAAGAGUCGCUACAAGCUGAAGGUCGAAGGAUACAGUGGAACGGCAGGUGACUCCAUGAACUAUCACAAUGGCAGAUCCUUCUCCACCUAUGACAAGGACACAGACUCAGCCAUCACCAACUGUGCUCUGUCCUACAAAGGAGCUUUCUGGUAUAAGAACUGUCAUCGUGUCAACCUGAUGGGCAGAUACGGGGACAAUAACCACAGUCAGGGUGUUAACUGGUUCCAUUGGAAGGGCCACGAGCACUCAAUCCAGUUUGCUGAGAUGAAGCUGAGACCCAGCAACUUCCGAAAUCUCGAAGGCAGGCGGAAGCGAGCAUAAACUCCCCGAACAACCGAGUGAGAGAAGAAUGGUGCCCAGAGAAAGGAAAGAAAUUUUACCAAAGCAUCAACAAGGCCGGUCCAACAGUCAAGCUCUCCCUGGGCAUCUGCCGGGUGUCUGAUCUGGCCAUGGGUCACUGAGUCCCUGGAAUAGGCCCCUGCAGUUACUUCCUUUGCACCAAAGACAGCAGUCUGCAACCAGUUUCUGCUCUCUUGUUUGACGAGCAAAGCCUUCCAGUGAUAGCAACACAAUGAGUUGGGUUUUUUUGUUGUUGUUGUUUUGUUUUGUUUUGUUUUUUACUUCUCUUGGGUGGUUCUGGGAAUGGAAGAGGGGUAGUCUGGCUCUACAGUGGAUGUAGUCAUUUUUGCACAAAGCCGUAUAAUUAAUUGUUAUUGUUUGGGGUAACAAAGAUAAAAAUGUGUGUAAUUGAAUGUUACCCCCUCCUCCCUGUUGGUUUGUACAUUUCAUAAAACUGAAGCCAGAAAAGUGAUACUGUUUAAAUUUCGAGAACAUUAAUAUUAUUAAUAUAAUAAUGGUGGUGGUAAUAAAGAAAACUGAGGACUUUUUAAGAGAUGUUCCCUUCCAAAAUGCAUCUGAUUGUAUUUUUUUUUAAUAAAAGCACAAGUACUUUCGA